GAAGCUAAGGUUUAAGUGACGUUAGGUUUCUUUGCAAGUGUUCAUCCCUGUCGUCACUUUUUUUAUGUGGAGCACCGGCAGCAGCAGCUGCAGAAGCAUAAUUCAGGUCAUCAGAUCACUAAUGAUGCUGACGUUGUUCAUGUGACAUUUCUAAACAGAGAAAAUGAUCAAAAAGAAGAAUCCGCUGGUCUUCCUGGAUGUAUCGAUUGAUGGAGAUCCUGCUGAGAGAAUGAUAUUUGAGAUUUUCAAUGACAUCGUUCCCAAGACUGCAGAAAAUUUUCGAGCACUCUGUACAGGUGAAAAAGGAAUUGGAACGGCAACUGGAAGACCUCUUCAUUACAAAGGAUCAAUUUUCCACCGCAUUGUGAAAGGUUUCAUGGCUCAGGGUGGCGAUUUUUCCAAACGUGAUGGUACUGGUGGAGAGAGCAUAUAUGGGGGGAAGUUUGCAGACGAGUCUUUCAAGCUUACACAUGAUGGACCAGGUCUUCUAUCCAUGGCAAAUGCUGGUCCUAAUACCAAUGGUUCUCAGUUCUUCAUCACCUUCAACUCUGCACCCUAUCUUGAUGGGAAGCAUGUUGUCUUUGGGAAGCUUUUGCAAGGACAUGACACAUUGAAGAAGAUUGAAAAUGUGGGUUCUGAAGAAGGAAAACCUGAUGCUUCAGUGAAAAUCGUUAAUUGUGGUGAAUUCCGUGAAAAUAAGAAGAAAACAAAUAAAUCAAAAUCAGGGAAGGAUACUUAUUCUGAUUCUGAUAGUUAUGAAACUAGACGACGGGGAAAAGACAAGAAAUCUUCCCGGGAGAAGAGGAAAAAGAGAAGAAGACACCACACAUCUGAGUCAGAUACCUCAUCAGAUUCGGAGACUGAAACAUCAGAGUCUGACAGUGAUUCUGAUUCAUAUUCUUCCUCAUCUUCUUCCCUUAGUUCUUCAAGUGAUGACAGGCGCAGGAGGAGAAAGAGAUCUUCUAAGAAGGACAAGUAUAGACGUGAAAAAAGAAAAAGGGACAAACGGCGUGAGAGAAAACGUAGGAGGCGUGAUAAGAGAUCAAGGCGCAAAUCAAGAAGGACGCAGGAGAGUACCAGUGAUAGUGAGAUUGGAUGUACGAGUGACUAUAGCUCAGAGGAUGGAGUUGAUUCUCGUAGGCCAGCUCGGAAGCCUAAAACCUCUUCCAAGGUUUCUGCUGGGGGAGAAUCUCCGUCAAUCAAGGAGGGUGUAACUGCUCCUUGGCAAAAGAACGGAGAUACGACGAAUAUGCUCGACCAAGAAGUUGAAUCCCCGAGGGGAAAUGGAGAGCUGCGGAGCAAUGGAAAUGCAGCAGAAACCAAGACAAACAGAAGUGUGGAUAGACAACCUGAUGUUGUUGAUGAUCGUCCGAGCAAAUCUAGGAGCCGGAGCAUGAGUCCUAAAAGGGCCAUGAGUAAGAGCAUGAGUAUUAGUCCCCGGGGGAGUUUGAGCAAGAGCCCAAGUGUGAGCCCCAAAAGAAGCACAAGCAGGAGCCCUGCUCAAAGUGGUGGUAGAAGUCCCCCACAGACAUCACAGCGGAACAGGAGCAUUAGCAGAAGCCCAGCUAGAAGAAGUAGUGGUAGCAGGAGCCCUGUUAGAAGUGUGGGUAGCAGAAGCCCAGCUAGAAGAAGUAGUGGUAGCAGGAGCCCUGUUAGAAGUGUGGGUAGCAGAAGCCCAGCUAGAAGUCUCAGCACAAGUCCAGUGAGGGGCAAAUCUCGGAGAAGUAUUAGUAGGAGCCCUGCAAAAACUCUGCCACAUAGAAGUGUAAGCAGAAGUUCAGUGAGGUCUCUUCCACGGAGAAGCAUGAGUCCUAGUCCAGCGAGGGGCAAAUCUCGGAGAAGUAUUAGUAGGAGCCCUGCAAAAACUCAGCCGCAUAGAAGUGUAAGCAGAAGUUCAGUGAGGUCUCUUCCACAGAGAAGCAUGAGUCCUAGUCCAGCAAGGGGCAAAUCUCGGAGAAAUAUCAGUAGGAGUCCUGCAAAAACUCAGCCACAUAGAAGUGUAAGCAGAAGUUCAGUGAGGUCUCUUCCACGGAGAAGCAUUAGUCCUAGUCCAGCAAGAGCCCCACCUCAGAGAACAAUUAGCAGAAGCCCUGCUAGAUCUGCUGGGAGGAGUUUGAGCAGGAGUCCUGUAAGGGCACGGAGGACCAUAAGUAGAAGCCCGAUAAGGGGAUCAUCAAGGAGGAGCAUUAGCAGAAGUCCGGCUAGGGGUUUCUCUCGAAGAAGCAUUAGCAGAAGUCCAGUAAGGGCGCCUAGCCGAAAUAAUCGCCGUAGCUAUUCAAGGAGCCCUGUGAGUCCUGCACGUGGAAGGAGCUUGUCAAGAAGUGCUUCUCCAGAUGAAUCGCCUAAGCGCAUACGAAGGGGACGGGGUUUCCUCCAGCAGUAUUCUUAUGCACGGCGGUAUCGAACUCCAUCUCCAGAUCGUUCUCCUUUUAGAUCACAUCGUUACAGUGGCAGAAGUGAUCGUGACAGAUAUUCUAGUUACAGAAGCUACUCCAAUCGUUCUCCAAGGCGUUAUAGAAGCCCACCCCGAGUCAGAACUCCUCCAAGAUACAGAAGCAGAAGAAGCCGUACAAGGAGCCGAAGUGUAUCACGGAGCCCAAUCCGCUACCGAAGCCGCGGAAGAGGUCGUUUUAGCCGUAGCCCCUUGCGUAGCCGCUCACCUGUUGAGAAAUCUAGGUCCCAUGGAUCACCAAGAGCAGAGAAGCGGUCACUUUCUAGGGGCAGAAGCCCAUCAGAGUCGAGGUCCUCAUCAGGCUCACCAUCUCCCAAAAGGGCGAGCAAAGACAAGUCAAAGUCGCCUUCUGUCAGUCCUGAUGGGAGGAAGGGCCUUGUUUCGUAUGGAGAUGGGUCGCCUGACUCGGGACAAAGGUAGGAAUCCACUGAUGUACUGUUGUCUAGUAAUUGUUUAGAUAUGAUGCUGGAUGUUUCUCUUCCAUUUUGAGGGAAGACCACCUUGAGGUUUUGUUUGGUUUCUGAUCGGAUUUUAUUAUGUUUUAGAAUAAUUAGUGGUAUAUUAGGAUAUAAAUUUAGAUCCGAGUGGUUAUGACAUUGGAUUAUAUGUGACUUGUGACCUGAUCUAGACCAAGCAUAUUGGGAGGAUACAUUUGGAUGCUAGAAUUAUCUGAAGUUGCAUGCAUUAUC